AUGACGCAACUGGAUUUGAGAAUCCCUGCUUUGCUUCAACACCUCCACAAGACAUCUGUGUUACGCCUCUGCAAGAGGAUAAGACAUGUGGUCGCGUUCUGGGUGGACUGGAAUAACAUUUACUCAAGACACGCAGGGAUAGAGGAUCUUGUAAACCAGUGGAUUUGGCAGGAGGACUUCUGGCUCCCUCCUGGCGUCACAUGGAAGGACAUCGCAGAAGGGACGGAGGACGGCAGUCGUCACCCUGCCCCCCGCGACCUGAUCAUCUGUCUGCCUUUGGCCCUGAGCUUCAUCGCCCUGCGCUUUGGUUUUGAAAGGGCUGUCGCACAGCCGCUUAGCUGGCUGCUGGGAGUCCGGGACAGGGUUCGGGUUCGAGUCACGCCCAUCCCAACGCUAGAGGCUUUUUAUCAGAGGAAAAAGAGUCAGCCGUGUCAGAGUGAAAUAGCAGUCCUGGAGAAGCGGUGCGGGCUCACCCAGCGUCAGAUCCAGACGUGGCUUCACCAUCGCCGAAACCAGGACAGACCCAGCAACACCAGGAAGUUCUGUGAAGCUUCGUGGAGGUUUGUCUUUUAUCUCAUUGUGUUCUCCGGUAGUCUUGUCUCUUUGGUUAACACUCCUUGGUUUUGGGAUCAGAAGGAAUGCUGGCGUGGAUAACCAAAACAGGCUGUCGCAGAAGCUCAGUACUGGUAUUAUGUGACGGAGCUCUCCUUCUACCUCUCACUUCUGCUCUGUGUAUCAGUGGACACCAAACGCAAAGACUUCAAAGAGCAGAUUGUUCACCACGUCGCCACCAUUUUCCUCAUCGCGUUCUCGUACUGUGGAAACUUCGUGCGCGUGGGAACCCUGGUGAUGCUCGUACACGACUCCUCUGACUUCCUGCUGGAGUCUGCUAAGAUGUUCAAUUACGCCGGUUGGAGAAAGACCUGCGAUACCCUGUUUGUGAUUUUCGCGGCAGUGUUUCUCAUAACCCGUCUUGUGGUUUUCCCCUGCAGAGUGGUCUACACAACUGCAGUGGAUUGGUUGGACGUGUUUCCUCCGUUCCCCGGAUAUUAUUUCUUUAACUUUCUCCUGCUGGUCCUUCAAGCGCUGCACAUCUUCUGGGCUUGGCUGAUCCUUCGAAUGGUUUAUAAAUUUGUCUUUUUCGGCAAAGUGGAACGAGAUGAACGCAGCGACGAAGAGAGUGAGGUGGAGGAAGAUGAUGGUAGAGAAGAGAAACACAGCUGGAAGAAAAAACAAGGGGCACUGAACUCGAAACUGGCUUCACUGGCCAAUAACUGUGUGUUGAACAAUUUAACUAAUCAGAGAGGAAGGAUGAAAAGCAGAAAGACGAAAGCAAGAUAGUAAUAUUAGUUUGUGUUUAGUUUGUUUUGUUUAAAGACUGUCUCUUAGAAACAAGGUCCAAAUUUGAUUAAAGAAGCGGCAGAUGUUUGGUCGCUUAGAGCAGUGGUUCUCAAACUUUUUCAUUGUAGAGUACCCUUUGUGUAGAGUGCAUCGCUUUGCGGCCCCCCAAAUAAAGACUUAUAAUCUUAAAUUUAACAUUUUUAUUUAAACAAAAACAUUUGGUUAUACAAUGCUGAAACAUCAAUUCUUUUGUCUGGUGGUCUUAUUUUUCUGAUGUUUGAUUGCAUAAAAUCUAUGAUCAAUUUCUAUAUUUCAUAAAUUGCCACAAAAUCUGUGGCCCCCUGGAUCCACCUCGGGGCCCCCCCAGGGGCCACGGCCCCCAGUUUGAGAACUACUGGCUUAGAGCACAUACGAAAGCGCAUGGAUUAACAAAAUACAUUCACAGGCAGAAUAUAUUUGAAUAUGAAAAUAAGUCAGUGUUCAGUUCAUUUAAUGAAUUAGCUUCUUUGUGUUGACUAAAUAGCUUAGUAAACCUGUUUUUUUACCGUAGAGUGAAGAGCGGACACUGCUGACGAUUGUUGAUAUUAAACGUUAAAUUUAAUUAACGAAGUUUGCAAUUAUAUGUUUUGUAAAUCAACAUUUUAAACGAUGCUGAAUUGUGUGCUUUAAGUUGUUUUGUUUAGCUGUUCUUUAGGUUGUGUGUAAAUUUACAAAAUAUCGGUUAACAAUUCACUUGUGUCGACGAACAUACUACUGAACAUUUAGUUACAUACUUAAACCUUUACCUUAGUUAUUUUACGUGUCUUCUAAAUUAUGACAUUUUUAUUGUACAUUGUGUGAAUUUUCUACAACUGCUGUCAGAAUGUGCUUUUGUCUGUGUUUGGAGAGUCGAGCAGCUCCAUCUAGUGGAGGAGUGUCCACUUGUUUUUUGUGUUACUGAAAGAACUUGUUGGGUUUUUUGUUUUUUACAGUUGUGUGUGUUGUGCAUUGCCUUACUGAACGACAGCGAUUAUUGAAGCAUGUGCCACUUAAAUAUGAAAAUUUCAGGGCACCUAGAUUAUUGAACUACUACAGGCCAAGUGUGCAUUUGCGAAAAAUGUUUAAGAUGAGGCUGUAAAAUUAUCGGUGUAAGUCAUUUGUGUGUUUUGAAUAUUGUCAAACUGUGGCCUAAAUUGUUUGUUUGCACAGUAACCCCAACCAAACCUUUUAUUUGAGGGCUGUUGGUCUGUCCUGCACUGUUCAGCUUCUGAUCUGAAAAUAAUGCGUGAUUGUUUAUUUUGUUUUAUAAAAUAAUUUUUCAUACUGCAGCUAUUAUAUUGAUAACGUGUAACAAGGAAGUGUAUUUGUUGAGAUCUGAAGAUCUGCAUGAUUACUGUGAUAACGUUGCAUAUUACCGACUGAAAUCUCUGGCAUUUUCUCUAUGUGACUGUUUUAAUAAUAAACAUGU